GGGGAAAUGUGGACGAGAAAGUAUAUAAAAAGCAGUUGUUUCCUCUCAAAUUUUUUCAAGCCAACAUCCUCCAGCUUAUAACUACAUUAUCAACUUAAUAAUACAAUAACUUCCACUCGUUAAUCAUGAAGUAUUCAGCAUCAGCAUCACUCGCUUUCGCCGUUGGCGCUUCAGCUGCUUCUAUCAAACGGGAUACUUGCUCAUAUAACCUCACUGCAUCAGGAGGUCAAUCCGGCCUCGUUGGUCAAUUGGACGAUGGCCAACUCCGUAUCCUUGGCAACCACCCUACUGCAACCUUCACAAUCAACAACGGUGAAACCACCGAUUCCAAAGGCCGACCAUGUUAUUUAACAUCGGAGGCUAGCCAAUACCAAUGCGAUACCGGUAUGAGCGCCACAGGCGGUUUUGCUAUCGGCGCAGAUGGCACAUACUCCCAUUCUGGAUCGUCGGUCUUCUAUGCAUGCCCAUCUUCUGACAACGAUUACAACAUCUACACUGCUCCUGUUGCUGGUCAGGAUAAGUGUGUAAAGGUUGGAUUGACUGCUAGUGGAUGUUUCGCCCCAUCUUCAUCCUCUUCAUCAGCAAGAUUGAGCACAUCCACAUCCCAACAGGCUUCGUCCUCUACCUUAGUUUCAUCAACAAAGGCCUCAUCCUCUGCUCCAGUUUCAGAAUCUUCAAAGGCUUCAGUCGUUACUGCUACCACAACUCAGCAACAGACAUGUGCUGCUUCAACCGUUACUGUGGCUCAAACCGUUGUUGUCACCCAAACUCCAUCUGCCAAGACCAUUUAUAUGACUUCGACUGCGCCCGGUCAAACUAUUGAAGAGACUCAAACUCAACAGAAUACUGCUCCAGCUCAGACUGUUGUGGUUACCCAGACCCAACAACAAACAUGUGCUGCUCCUUCCACAGUCACCGUCACUCAGGUUCAAUCUGCCGCUGGCCAGACUGUCCACGAAACUCAGACUCAACAGGAGACUGCUCCAGCUCAGACUGUCGUGGUUACCCAAACUCAACAACAAACAUGUGCUGCUCCUUCCACAGUCACCGUCACUCAGGUUCAAUCCGCCGCUCCAUCUACGAUUACCGUCACUCAAGUGCAAAGCAUGACUGCUGUUUCCACAGAACAAGUCACCGCCACCGAGUCUGUCAAGGCUUCUAGUGCCCCAGCCACUUCUUCCCAAGCUCAAGCCACUACAAGCGCUGUUUCUACCCCAAAGGCUUCGUCUGCUAGCUCGAUCGUCUCCUCUGUUGUCUCCCAAGCAAGCUCAGUCGUUUCUUCGGCCUCAUCCAAGGCCUCAUCCACAGCUUCAGCUUCCAAAUCUUGCCCUACCAACCUCGAUGGCACCUACUCUUCCCCCAACUUAAUCGUCCCAGUCUCAUCUGCAUCCCCAGAUAAGUCAUACGGUACUUCUUACGAUGGAGUCGUCAAUAGCACUGUCUCUUCUCUCUUCAACUUUGAUAUUCCAUCUUCAUAUGCUUCCAAGACAUGCUCCCUCGUCUUUCUCUUCCCAACUCAAGAUAUGCUCGAGACUUCUUCUUAUACUUUCUCUGGUUCCGGAGCCGUCGAUUUCAAGCAAUUGAGCACCACUGUUACCACCAGCUCAACCUAUAACUCCAUUGGAAGCACUGCAACUGAUUUCGGUAGCAAGACCAUCACGCCCGGUUCCUGGACCGUUGUUAACACUUUCGCUUGUCCAGCUGGACAGGCUAUCAGCUAUGAGAUGACUGCUGGUGGAAGCAACACUGACUUGUGGUGGUUCGAGGAUUAUAACCCAUCCCCAAUCGGCCUUUUCAUCACUACAUGUUAAAUUUUGGAUCUGGAAUGAUCUGUUAUCAUGAGCAAACUUGAGAAAAGAAAUUGAGAUACGAAAUGAGAUGAGAUGAGAUAUGAAAUACAUUAUAAUAUUCGGUUUCUUUCUUGGGUAUGGCUCGGGUUGGAAGGUUAGGAUCGGAUGUAUAUACGGAAUGUAUUUUGGCGCCGGUGUUAUGGGUUAGACAUGAUUGAAUGUCUGGAAAAAUGAAAGUCCUAACACCAUUACGUUCAUUACGAUAUUUGAGUACACAUUUUGUACAUGAUUUUUAUAUUUCUAUAAAAGAAAAGAGAUUAAUAAAUAGAAUGAUAUUGAAAAUAAAUAAUUAUCAAUAAAUGGAGAAGCUUUGUA